AGCUUGACUCACCAAAGUCGACAAGUUUGACACCUGCGUUGCUCGUCAGGAGGAUGUUUGCUCCUUUGAUAUCACGAUGCAUCACAUUUUUCUCAUGAAGGACUUCCAAACCCUGUUAAACACAAAGGUAUGUUGCAGAAUUACACUUCAUCAGCAAAUGUACGCUCAUGAUAUGUUCAUGCCCUUGUCCAUCAAAAGAGAAAGAUUUAUUUGCUCCUAAGAGUGUCGACAGUGAUAAAGUUGAUUACAAUCUCAAAUCGGUUCCUAAAGAACGCUCAGUGAAUCUCAUCUGUUAAAGAUGAUUUUACAACAAAGGACACCUCUUUCUAAAAUAAGACCAGUUUUAUUCGGCUAGUCUAGUUUUAAAGCCCGUUUGCACUUGCAAUUUUUGCUGAAAAUUUGUAGUGCGAUUUUCUACUUUUGAUGGAUGUGAACGAGUCGAAGACUUAUGAAUGCUCUGAGUAUAUGUACCCUCAUCUGAACAUUCAUGACUCAUCCACUCGUUCACAUCCAUCAGGAGAAGAAAAUCGUAGCAAGGGUAAACCGGCCUUUGGGUACCUUCAAUGUUUCGUGGAUAAUGAAUGCGAUCAGAUCUUCGGACAAGCAAGAACCUGCGCGGAUCAAUCGUUUCACCAGCGCUGUGACGGAUCCUCCGCGGCAUAACUGGAAUAAAUAGAAGAAGCGGCUCAAUUUCCACAGGCACACAGCAAUUUAAAUGUACCCUCAGAUUUAAAUACAGCAAUUUCAUAUAUUUUUAUACCAGUCUAUAGUUCCUGCCUUUCGCGAUGCUAGGCGCGCUGGGAAGAGACGCGAAACGAAAAGGCCUAGCACAAUUCGCAAAUCUUCCCUUCUUGGUACAAUUCUUGCCCUUCGAGUGGCCCUAGGUUCAACAUAUUUACAUCGAUAUUUUUGUACAACUUUAGCCUUUGGGAUGAACAAUGAAGAUAUUUUGAUAUGGAAGAAAAUACAUGAUGUGCUGGCAGUUCGGGUAAGGUUACUUUAUGAAUUUAGGACUAAGACCAAGUUACGAAUUUUGCUAUAGACCUUCUCUCAAAAUCGAUCCAGUCACGCAGGAAGGCUUGGGACUAGGCUAGGUUAUCACGAUGCGUAGGAGCAAGCUUUACCUCUAGCUCCUUAACUACCUGUAAUCCUUGUUGAGCUGUUAUGUAAGCACAUCUCGUUUUCUGGUUACCAUGGUCAUGCAAUCAUGCAUGGUUAAUUUGUUGUGUAAAGUCUAUCGAAUAUAACUGUUACGUUAUACCUAAGGUUAUCAUAUUGCUGCGUGGGAAGACCUAUUAUAUGCAACUGCUUAAAAAAUGCUCAACUAAAUCCAUAAACCGGCAAGUGGAUCUUACUUAACAAUGGUAGGAUUGAAUCUCAUGCAUGACGUUGUAACUGUGAGCUUUAAAAAGUCCAGUUAAAAACUAAUAGCCGGUAACAAGUCUUAUAGGUUUUCAUUACAAGUAGUUCAUUCCAAAGUCUUAUGGAUGCCAAACUUAUAGGAUUUCCAUUAACUGAAAGACUUAUAAUCCUUCUGUCAGAACCAAACAGAAUAUAUGCAUGAUUGUUUGAUUUUAAAAUUUAGUAUUCGUUUAUUUUAUGUGAUUUUUUCUCAAUCGGCUUUCCUAGCCGCCACUUUUAUGAAAAAUGUCAACAUUACUAAUACGAUUGUGUAGAUAGUCUUUAAUCAGCUAGCGAAAAUUUGCAAAUCAGAAUAUGCCUUUUCAUUAUAUGUGUUAAUAUUUGCGUCACAUAUUCCGUUUUUUAACUAAAUACUCCUAGCAACUGGGAACAACACCGAAAAAUGUUUGGCAACUUUGCAUUCUGUGACACGAAAACUUAAUCUUUAAAUCUUUUGAACCAUUACAGUUUGGUUUCGAGCGAUUGUUGCUUUUCUAGUUACAGUAAAAAUGCUGUGGUUCGUGUUUUAAACUAACUACAUUGAAAUGAGAUAUCAUUGCUUGAGUAGUUUAGUAUUUUACUCUGUUAACACCAGAAGAUUUUACUUGCAUGUCAGUUGGGGGAACUCUCAAGUGCAUGCAAAAGGGUUAAACAUCCUCAACACAAAUCUUUGAAGGGAUGUUCCUAGUACUACUGUCUCUGACGAAAGAUUUAACUAUGUUCAUGAACUGACCAUUACGAAUAAUAUACAAUACAAUGACAUAGUCAUAUUUGCUCUAUUUAAAUCCCAGACUAUUUUCCUGUCAUUAUAUAUCUCAAACGUCGUGCCAGUGUAUAGGUAAUAUUCUACAUGAAGCUGUCGUAGUUUGUGUCUGAACUAGUACCUGAAAGACAUAGUAUCUCAAUCGUGGUGUCCAGUGGAUGCAUGGGUAGUAAUGUACAAUAAGCUGCCGUGGUUUGUGUCAGAACUACCCGAAAAAGAUAUCUCAAUCGUGGUGGUCUAGUGUAGGUAGUAUUCAACAUUAAACUGUCGUGGUUUGUUUUUUGAACUACGUGAAAAAGAAUAGAAACUCAACAGAGUCUCCCACGAAGCCCUUAAUUCGUCAGAAACUCGUUAGCCUGGGUCUGUCAAGUGUUUAAAAUCUUUUUCAGGUCGUAUUAAAAACCACGGCAACGUGAUUUAGUAUAUUUACUCUGUCUAACGCCAAACAAUUUUACUUGUCAGUAGUCAAGACCUGGGCCGGGAAACAAUUCAAAAAUACAUGAAAUUAUUUCCUAACUCUAUAAUGAUACAGCCUUCAAAUUUAUUUAUUUUGGUUGAUGUUUAAACCAACUAACCUCCAUCACCAGCCAGAGUUGAUCGCCGUAUGAUUUGGACUUGAAUUUAAACGCACCAAUGAACUGUACGACAUUAGGUUGAUUUGACAGUUUCUUAAGGAUAUCCAUUUCAUGUAAUACAUCCUCGAUGGUUCGCUCUUGGAAACCACCGAUCACUUUUACUGCCGCCAAAUGUCCUGACUUUACGUUUUUCAAUUUGUAUACGGCACCGAAACUGCCGUCCCCUACUUUUUCCAAUAGUUGCCAAUCCACUGGCGUUUUGAAAUGUUUCAGUUUGUUGUGGUGGUGAUGAUGAUGGUCUUUUCUUGUAGCCAUAUUUCCAAGGUUAUCAUAAGUUUGCCAUCAAAAGUUCACUGAUUUAUAUUCCAAAGUGAUCUAUGAUUGUGGUAAUUAAGAAGCUAUGUUCGUUUAGCCACGUUAGCCGGCUUGGAUUAGUUUGGAUUCUGUUUUGUUUGCUUAAGCAUAUCAUUACGUCGUCGUGUAGUUGUAUCGAGCUUUAUGAAAUAGUUCAUGCUUAUCCCAACUCACUAUAUGAAACAGCAGGACGCUUUAGUUAGGCAAAUUGAAUGAAUACGUAAUUAUACCACAACUCAUCUUUAAAAAUAUGCACGAAUAUGAUUUUCACAUCUCUUUAGCUUCAACAUUCAUACACUUUGUGGAACUUAAUAAACCAUAAGAUAUAUUACACCUUUCCAACAACAAAGAAUGCAAAUUAAUCUAAGAAUAUUUGUGUUUUGAGCAUUAGAGGAUUUGUUUUUGAACAAGCAGGGAUUUCGCUUCCCACAGCAGGUACCAAUCUAGACACAGUGUCUAAGCGCUAGUUCACACGCUCCGAAAACAAUUAAAGUUAAAUAUGGAAACAAGUUGGCGAACAACUAUUAUACAUAGAGAUACGUGGAUAGCGGUUAGUUUUAUAGCAGGAAUGAUGAAUCAUGAAUAAGCUUUAUUUAUAUAACCACGGUGACCUAAUCUUUGAUUACUCAGAUGAGUGUAUCUCAGAUGUAUUACUCAGAUGUAGUAAUCUUUGAUUAAUAUGAUGUUUGUGAUGUUACUGUGAGUGUGCAUCCACACCGGGCAAGCUGAAAAGUUUGCCUGACCACGAUGGGAAUCGAACCCGCGACCUUUGGGAUACUAGUCCAAUGCUCUACCAACUGAGCUACGAGGUCAAGUCGGUUCGAGUUGGUGACAUUUCGGAACUGAGUCUAGUUCCUUCGAUAUUAACAUCGUAGCUCAGUUGGUAGAGCAUUGGACUAGUAUCCCAAAGGUCGCGGGUUCGAUUCCCACCAUGGUCAGGCAAACUUUUCAGCUUGUCUGGUGUGGAUGCACACUCAGAGUAACACCACAAACUUUCAAUAAUGACCAAUAGACUUGUAAAAUCGUCUGGCAUUAGGCAGGCUAAGAGAACAAAGUAGGGUGCAGCAUUAAGGUUCCUCAAUGAAUAAAUUUUAGGAAACUGUACUUUGUGCACUUUAUAUUAGAGAUCAAGAACAACUCGAGUACACAGCAAUAAUCAAUGGAGUGCCAGUGAGAUAGAACUAUAAAAAAUCUGGAAUUAUCGCAUCCUGGAAGAUUUUAUCCAGUUGCUCUGGUGCUUCUUCCACAGAGAAACUUGGCAUGGUUGAUUACAGUAUAUAGGAUGGAUUCAACAUUGUGAUGUUUGUUCUCUGGUGGUAGUCUUGUUUCAAGACAAGCCAGCCCCAUAUAGAAUGUACAAUUUAUCUGUGUCAGAAUUAGCAAUUGUGUGCCAUUUCAUGUGACAAAAAGAUUUGGUUAUAAACAACAACAUGAGCUUUUCUACAUGGACAUAUCUGGCACACAGCCAGGCAGAGACUUUGAGCAACAAAUUUAAUCAAGCUGUGUAUUUUGAAACUUGGUUAUACAAACUAGACCUUGGGCAUUCUUGCUUUAACAUAUAUAUUUGAACUCAAUUUUAAAUACAUAACGCAAUGUUUUUGUGCAAUUAUUUAUGUGCAUAAUAGCGUCCUUUCCAAUUGAAUGUUUAUAUUUGAAUUUAAUUCACUGUUUUCUUGGCUGCUGUAUUUUAUGUUGAUGUCCAUGUUGCUUAACAGGUUUCUCAACAGUCGGCUGUGGCUUGUCAUGGAAGUGUUUUACAGAGUCUGGCUUAGACACCUCAUUAACAUUCACUUCCGCUCCCGACACUAACAUUUUGUUUGGUUGCCUGAAAAAUAAAAAUAUGCAAAGAUGAUUAUUGGUCAGUUUAAGACUGGAUAUGAGACACCAUUAGUGAGGUGAUCAGGUCAGAUAUUUUAACAGAAAAAGCAACCAAGGGAUCCCACAGUCAGAAAGUGUUUUCGGCAAAUAGGAAGAUCAGAAAUCCGCUUGGUUCUUGGUUCACAAAGGCAUUUUGUGCAAGUUCUUCAGGAAAUAUUUGCAGUUUACAGCAAUUUGCGUCCAAGCACAAACCGCAAACAUUUUCGCGCGUUUGUUUACGUUUGAAACGGGGUGUUUACCGUUGGAAACGGAAAUGUUUCACUGCUCAUGCGACGUGUUACAGUUCAAAGCCUAAUUCAGUUAUUUUUCAUGUUUUGAUGUGCUUUUGCGUACGUUUCAGUAUUUCCAAGCUCACGAUAUUGCAAGAGCGACCAAACUUGUUUAUAUUCAUACUUUUUGUGACUAGAACGUAUUAUCGUGGGCUUGGAAAUAUUGAAACGUGCACGGAAGCACAUCAAAACAUGACAGUUGCGCCAAAAAUAGCUUAAAGCUUUUCACUGACACGUCACAUGAGCGGUGAAUACAUUCCAGUUUCCAACGGUAAACACCCCGUUUCAAACGUAAAAAAACGCGCGAAAAUGUUUGCGGUUUGUGCUUGGACGCAAAUUGCUGUAUUACAAUUUGAAAAAAAAUUGUGCAGAUUUCCAUAAUACACCCUUUCAACAAUUACAUCACAACUAGACUGUUUUCAACUUAGGACCACCUUAAAUGGAAAUGAUUUCAAGUUUUUUUCUCAUGGGCUAUGCCUUCUUCAACACAUGCAUGAAAAAGAAUUCUUUAUUUUGACCAAUAAAUGUGGCAUGACCAGGAGCCUCAUUUUUGUGUUAAUGCUUAUUUCCAUAUUUAUGAUCAAAAUCCAAAUUUUUUUCCCGCAUGUGUUGAAGGAUGUUCUGCUUCUCUGUGCAUAGCCCAUGAGAAAAAAACUUGAAAUCCUUUCCAUUUAAGAUGGUCCUAUGUUGAAAACAGUAAUUAUCGAAAGGGUGUAUAUAUUUGGAAGAAUUUUUGCACAGGAUAAAUUUUUCACCAAAACUUUACAGUCUGGACAAUUUUUUCAGGUGACGACAUUACUUGUUUUGAAAAUCAGAUGAGCGACAUAGAUACCCUAAUGGGGCCUCAGCUUUAUAGAUUAACAAGAGUUAACAGCUUUAUAGAUUAACAAGAUUUACUAUUCCAGGUUGUGCUUGGUACCCCCCUUGAGUGCGAACCACAACCUUUGACAGGCAUGUCCCCAUCCAACACCACCGGCGGCAUGAAUUGUUAUUAUAAAAGUAUAACAAUAAUGUCAUACUUAAUAUGUUUACAAGUUUACAUUUCCAAAUAAACAAUCUUACUUUUCUUCUACAUUUUCUGCUAUUUGCUCUUCUUCCAUAAAUUUCUUAUCUUCGGCCUUUUGCUCGGGAGUUUGCUGGUGUGGUGGAUGCGCUUUCGACGUAAUUCUCAUCCCACCUGCCUUUACUGAAAAUAAAAACAAUUGGUUUAGAAAAACAAUGAGGGACUAUUCUUAAAACACAUGCGUGCAGAUUAUCACACUUUUGAACGUAAAUUUAAACACGAGAAAGGCGCUAAAUUUGCUUCAAAUUUGACCUACCAGCUGGCGGAUGACCGCCCUUUAAUUCCCUAGCUUCGCUAGACAUAUUUCUUUCGGAAAUUAAAGAAAAAAUGAGCCCAAAAUAUUUCAAUAUUUCUGAUUUCAAGUAUGGUGUACGUAUAGAAAAUUCAAUUUCUCGAAGCAGUUGUGCAAACACGAUACACGCGUGGGUGUCACGCGGGUGUCGCGCGUUUUGUGCUAGUACUCGGGUUUCUAGAGAAACGUCGCGCGUAUGAAGCUCUGGUGACACUGGUUUAUUGACGCAUUAUAUUAUAAGCCGAUUGAAAUUUUAAACUUUUGACUCAUAUAGGCUUGUUGGAGAAUACUACCCAAACCGGACCCCACAUUUGAGAAGUUGUUAAUGUUAUAUUAUUUUUACUAUAGGUUGUUAAAUUGUAUAUAGAUUGGCCUCACGCUACAGUAACCCCACCAAAAUGCAACUGGUAUCACGGUCGGAGUAAAAAGAAAUUUUUUUGAAACUCAGUAAGUAAAGGUGAGACAAUAUAAAUGAAUUUCAUUGAGUAAUGGCGUGCAGAUAAUAAAGCAGACAGCAAAAUACUGAACAACGGUAUGACUCCAAAAAUGAACGUUUUUAAUAUUCUUCUAUAUUAAAAUUUAGUCCAAAAUAUAGUCGAAAGCUAGAAUAUUAUAAUUUCGUACCGAGUUACGUACCGUUGUUUUAAAUAAUAUUAAUUCUUUUCAUUACAACAAUUUAUUUUUGCAUAUUUGUUAUCUACACGGACAGAAAUUCAGUUAUUCUGAAAUUCCAAUUUUUCACAAAACAGUUCCAGAAAUUCCAAUUUUUCUGCCCAGAAGUAACCCAAAGCUAAUUAUUUACGCUACAAAAAUAGGAGAGGUUAAAUUUGAUUUUCAAGUGCGAAUGAUAUGCCCGCCUAUCUCGACAUUAAUUCAAUUAAUGGUAUCAGAUGGUCGUUUUGAAAUCAUUUAUCAUUUUAAACUUGAAAUGUAGGCGGGGAUCGUCUGCGCAUGCUACGUCGGAAGUUUGCAUAAUUUGCGCUUCGAAAUUGCGCUUUGCCUUCGAGAGUUGAGAAACAUUGUCACUUUGCGCUACUGAAUAAAUUUGUUUAAUUUCAACGGUAAAGUGGGCACAAAUUUAGUUGUUUAUUGUUGUUUUUAUUCCCGUGGCUUUUAAACGCGCCGUGAUGGUCAGAAUUUCGGCUACUCGUGAAAUCUGAGAUGCGUUAACCUGUCUUCUAAAAGCGUGGAAAAUGAUUUAUGACUUCCAUCGUGCACCGGCCAUGUUUUGUAUUUAUACUGAUUCUUUCUUUGUCUAUCGUUGCACUCGAGUAGUCACGUAUUGUAUGCGAGUCGCGUGGUUUAUUGAUAUUGCUAUUGUACUUUACAUAACAGGCAGACUUGUACAAAUAUAUAAUCCGCCGUAAUAUGUUUAUCUAGCCACUUGACACUUGCCUGGGCUAUUCCGUAAUUCCACUUCUAUCGAUAACAAAAUAGCGGGAUCCGUCGUUUUAAACAAAUGCUUUGUGUCCGAACGGUUCUGGCUUUCUUAACUUUACAAAGUUUUUGUAUUCGUUCGGUGUUCGCCGUGAACAAGAAAAUAUACAAGACUAUUGAAGACGACGUCAAGAAGCUCAAAGCGAACAAAGUGAAAUGCUCCAAAGCUGAUUUUAGAAACAUUCAGCGAUUAAAAUGUGAUGAGAAAUUUGACAAAGCAACGCUGUGUAUUGGGGAGAAACUAUUGACAAAUGAUAAAGACCAUGAUCACUUGUGGACGCUUUUGGGAGAGAUAUAUCACAGGCAAGGGAAAAGCAGUAAAGGCAACAAGUGCUUCAAAGAAGCUGCUAAAUUAAAUGGAAAGUUAGUCACCCAUGCAGAUAAAAUAGGUCUAUGGCAUUUUAUAGGACCAUUUCAAAUGGGGAAGACUGAAAUUGAUGGCGAUCCUUUAGAAGCUUUUGGUGGAAUUGAUAAAUUAUUAUGUCAAAGAUAUAAUAAAGAUUUUCAGGUUUAUUCUGAACUGGUUCCUGGGGGGGAGGUUAAAUGGGCUACUGUAAUACCAAAUCAACAUGGUGUUGUCACUGUGGUGAACCGACAUGCAGUUGUGCUCGAUUACAAGGCAGUUCACCACGAAUGGCAAGGCUGGCUUGUUGGUGAUUUUUCACUAAAUAGUGAGAUGACGGUGUUAAUACAGUGUAGUCGUGUUAGUACCAUCUAUAUUAAUGGGAGUAUUCUGGCUGGGGAUCAUUAUGCUAGAAGCAAUUAUUGGUGAGUUUUAAAGUUAAAGAAUUUAUACAGAGUACUAACAGUAAUUUAUACUUAAUCCUAAUUCAAGUCCAACAAAUUCUUACAUAGAUAGAUGUGCAUUCAAUCAAUUAAUCAGUUGGUCAGUCAGUUAGGCAGACCAGCAGUCUGUCAGUCAGUCAGUUAGACAGACUAUUGGUCAGUUGGUUAGACAGACCAUCAGUCAGUCAGUUAGGCAGACCAUUAGUCUGUCGGUCAGUUGGUUAGGCAGACAAUCAGUCUGUCAGUUAGACAGACCAUCAGUCAGUCAGUUAGGCAGACCAUUAGUCUGUCGGUCAGUUGGUUAGGCAGACCAUCAGUCACUCUUUCAACCAGUCCAUCACUCUGUCAUUCAGUCAGUUCGGCAAACCAUCAGGCAGUCAUUUAGCCAGUCCAUCAGUUUGUCAGUCAGUUGGUUAGGCAGACCAUCAGUUUGUCAUUCAGUCGGUUAGGCAGACCAUCAGUUUGUCAGUCAGCCGGUUAGACAGACCAUCAGUCUGUCAUUCAUUCGGUUCGGCAAACCAUCAGACAGUCAUUUAGCCAGUCCAUCAGUUUGUCAGUCAGUUGGUUAGGCAGACCAUCAGUUUGUUGUUCUGUCGGUUAGGCAGACCAUCAGACAUUUGUUCAGCCAGUCCAUUAGUCAGUCAGUUGGUUGGGUGACUAGUUAGUCAAUCCCCAACAAUAGGUUUGUAGUAAUACAGUAGGUAUCAGGUAUUUGAGUUGAAUACAUACAGUGGUCAUAAAACUAGAGACAAAACAUAUUUUGUAGAUUAUAAAAAUCUCUUCUGUAUUACAGGCAUCCUAUUCACUUAAAAGCUGGUAUCCACUCAGUACUAUUGAGAGCCAGAGCAGUGGAGAAUAUGAACUUCGCUUGUCGCUUAAUCCAUGCCGAUGAAAAACCUUUGUUUGAAAUUCAUCCACCAGUCAUCCCAGAUCUGGUCGAUGGGCACAUUUUUAGCCAUCUUUUGUCCAUCCCAAUUACUAACCAUAACCCUACCAAAUGGCUAACAAUCACCAAAUUAACGCUAGUCUCACAGACGCAGGGCCCAGACAUUAGCUUGCAUCUUGAGAAACAGCAGAGAUUAAACAUUGCACCUGGUCAGAUUCAUUCUGUGAUUGCAGCAUUUAAGUUUCAUGACAACCAGAAGCCAGAUUCAUGUCCUUCAAAAGAAAUACAAGGAAUAUUGCAGCUGAAAUCCAGGGAGGGUUUGAAAGGUGUAAUAUAUUUUACAAUAAGAUGUCGUUCAAGGAGUGAGUCGUUUUUGUUCACUUUUGUCGAUCAUGAUGGAUCCCUACAGAAUGCUGCAGCUAUCUUUCCCAUUGUCAAACAGAAAACAGAUUCAUUACAGACAUAUCCAGUGUUGUUGACACUUCGUGGCUCAGGUAUAUGAUAUUAGAGAGUUUGAGCAAGACAACGAAGUCGGACGACAACGACGUGGUUGACAAUUUUCGCCUGUCUUGAACAUUACCUUGCGCAUUCUGAGUUUAGGGUCAGGAGUGAAGACAGAUUAGAGAUUCACGUCUAGCUGUUUGUGAAUGCUGACCCAAAUCGUUACCCUGAUCAGGAUAAAACAGCGAGACAUGAAUCCAUAUCCGCUUCCUCGUUCUUCUGCCUUCGUUCACAACGAAUAUUUUGGCAAAAUUCGUUGCCAACUUCGUUCUGCACGAAGGCACAAGAACAAAGACGGGAUAAAGUUUCAUGUCUCGUUUUUUUCUGGAUCAGGGCAGGAAUUAUGGCCAGUAUUCAUAAACAGCGACACUUGGGAGGACACGUUGAGCAACCACCAGUGACGUCCAACACAGUAUCCACAAGAUAAUGUGCAGACGGCAAAAAUUGUCAAGUAUGGCCUCGUCUUCGUACUUCGUUGUCUUGCUCAAACUCUCUAUUCUUAUUUUACUGUCACCUUGGUCAUACUGAAUAAUCUUUCCUAUUGUUUAUUGUUUAUUAUUUAUUGAGUUCUCACUCGUUGAUAAGCGGAUUUGAAGGGAUCUCCCGACAGGCUAUUGCCUAAUUGAUUGGGGAUCCGAGGUACCUCGGAUUUUAGUAGAGAGUUUAAAGUGCCUGUAUCAGGAUUUUGGAUUUUGCAUAUCUCGAAAGUUUAGGGUAUUUUAAGACACUUUGCAAUAUAUUUUGUUAUUGAAAAAUUUCAUCUUGAUGGAUUUAUUAGCUUUUAAAGUUACCGGACAUGACGUCAAAAGAAGAAUUUUGUUGCAAUGAUACAAGGGAAAACUGAUUUGCAAUUCUCCUUUCGACGUAAUGUCCGGUAACUUUAAGAGCUAAUAAAUCCAUCAAGAUGAAAUUUUUUAAUAACAAAAUAUAUUGCAAAGUGUCUUAAAAUACCCUAAACGUUCGAGAUAUGCAAACUCCAAAGCCCUGAUAUAGGCACUUUAAGCUUCCUGUUAUAUGGCAAACGCCAGACAAAGAAAAAUUUUACGAUAUCAGGCAAUAAAGAAUAAAUGAACUUGCUGUUUUAAAACUGCAAUGCAUGACUGUCCAUAUUUCGUGGUCUAAGUUCUGUGUUGUUGUUCCUUUUCCAGAUUAACGAGUUUUUUCUUUGCUUAGUUUCGUCCAAACGAAUCACCCGUCUUUUGUACAAGAAUGGUAAUUUCUAAUCUUUUUUUAUAAUUCCGUAAGGUGUCCAAGCUCAGGACCAAGCAGAUGCCUACAAGAGAAUGGAAAAUAAGAAGUGGUUGUUCGGAGUUGAAGGAAUGUGGACCCUCGCACCAACCCGACAUGGUGCUCACAACUGGGAGGGACCAGGAGAGCUUACAGCUAUGACGUCAUUACAAAAAUUGGCCGAGUUCACGCGCGAACAUGAUUGGAUAGACGCAAAGGCCAAUAGCAAGGCAGUCGUGUUUGCUGGACAUUCCAUGGGUGGCCAUGGCGCUUGGUAAGUUCCCCAUGUUUUUUUUUCAACAUUUUUUCCCAAUUAUGGUAAACUAUGGGUAAACCAUGCAAAUGUUUUCACUUUCUAGGCAAUUAUCCACACAUCAUCCAGACAUCGCCUUGGCCGUGGUUUCAAUCGCAGGUUGGAUCAAUAAAGAGAAUUAUGGAGAAUCAAAUCUUUUUUUCAAAUAUGAUAUAAGUCUCGGUCACACAGAUGCCAGUGUCAAACAUGUGAUGGAGUCUUGUAUCGCUGAAAAUGAUGCAGAGAAACAUGUGUCUAAUUUAAAGGUAAACUAUUCUUCCUUUAAUGAUAUAUGCACCAUACGCAUCAUUUAUACUAUGUUCAGUGGACAUACAGGAUAGCUCCACCAAUUCUAAAGUGUUCUCUCCAGAGUUCUAACAAUUGCCAUUCUUGUUGAUGUAGUGUCAACUGCUUAAUGAUUUAGUUUGGUUACGAUUAUAAUGCUAUCUUUUUUAAACCUAGGGUAUACCAGUAAUGAUUCGAAUAGGAGAAAGCGACAUGACAGUGUCGCCGUAUUUUUCAAAAAGAAUGUAUCGCGUCCUGAAAGAGCAAGGCAAUGACGUCACGUACACUGAACUGGCGGGCAAGGCUCACUGGUGGUGGGACACGUACACCACAAAUGAUGGAGGAGUUGUAAAUGACCGUGAUAUAAGAAAAUUUCUUCUAAAACACUCCAAGUUUGCUAUUGAACGACCCUCUAGUCCAGGUUGGAUAUGUUUAUUUCUUUUAUAUGUAACUUCGAAGUUUAUUGAGAGCCUCAAUAAGUAUUACGGUAUACUUAACCACUGUUAUAAGGUUCAAAGGUUUUAAGUCCCGGUCAAGCCAGGAUGAGAGUUCAUGAGAGUUGCAACCACCCCUCUCGUCUGAGCACCAAUUCUAAUCGACUUUCAUAGUUUCAUGCACUUUUAUCAACAUUAAUCUGUUUCAAAUUUUAAUGAUAGUUGAUAAGAGGUUCUGAUGUACGUGCUAAUAUCCAGGCAGUUAACAAUUCUCAUCAACGCUCAUACAAAUCUUGUUCUCGUUUGUCCGAGGAUACCCUGGAUCAGGGAGUUUCCUGUUUCGCUGAAGCUGUAGCUUGCACUCAGGCGGUGCUGGACACCAGAAAACCUCCGAACCCAGGGUAGUCCGAGGUAUGAGAGCUGAGAAAACCCUCACGCAAAUUCACCGGGGCUUCAGUGCAUGUAGUUUAAUGUUUCUCAUUUAAUUGAACUAACUGGAUUGAGUUGUUGAGAAUGUUUUAAGUGCGAAUUCUGACUGUCAUGUUUCUUUUUUUUCUAGCAUGUUUGAAAAGUGAAGAUAAAACAUUGUGCGAAGAGGAAAGUACUUCGAAAUACUCUUCAGUCAAAGUUCCAAACCGUAAUCUCGCUGGUUCAGGAGAGUUUCUUCUUACAGUUUAUAACCCUGCUAGUUCUCAUGGUAAGGAACUCGCUGGUAUUAAGCUUAACUUUAGUCAUACUGGAUAUCUUUUGCAGUUCGUUCUUAAAACUAACUUUUUUAAUACUGGAUAGCUUUAUCAGUUUUGCCUAUACUGGUUCUUCCAAGGGGUCCAGUAAAGAUCGUCCCUUAAUGACGGAAAGAAGAAGAAAACCAGAUUAUUUGAAGAAAACCUGGUAAAGGUCGAACUGAAAGCAUUCUCGCAUAUGUCUGAGGCGAAAUUAUAAUCAGACAUCGCAUGAAUCGAACCGCUGUCACAGAGAUAAAAGAGACAUGCUUGCACUAACCCUUACUAACUUCUAUAAUUCUCAUAUUUCAGGUGUUCGGGGAGUUAAAGUAAUACAACAAGCUACGCCGUUUCGAAAAACUACUGUUCGCAUGAAAUUCUCCGAGUCCAACGUUACCAUAGUUACGUCAAACGUGAUUAGGUUAAGAUUGACCGAGCCUGCAAUCUCUCCAGUCCUCUGGACAGAAAGACGAGUCAUUGUCGAUGGUGUUGAAAUUCCACUGGAUAAAAACAACGGUAUGUUUAAUUUUCUCAGGUAGUAGAAAAUAUUAUUAAUAAGUUAAAGCCCUUUUGCGUGAUAUGCGUUGGAAGAAUAACUAUACAGUAGGUUUCAUAUGUAUUGAGAACAAUUUCAUACAUGUUUGGUUUAGAAAAUAUGUUCGACCUUUGCAAAGAAGGGGCCAAGAAUUGGAAGUUAUGUGAAGAUGUUGGUGCUAAUUUCGAGUCUGUAACACAACGUGGACCUCUCAAUCUUGGUCCAGCAAGACGCAUUGCUGAACGUCCACUGCUUAUCGUUGUUGGUAGGUUUGAACUAAAACGGUGAAGGCCCUAAUAUUUUCAUGAGAAAAGUCAGCCCUCUUAAUAGGAUGGCUCGUUUCCGCAGACAGCAAUAAACUGCUUUCAUUCCGCCUCAUCUCUCACAGAGUCCAAAUCCUAUUUUGCUAAAUCUGAUUGGUUUAAACUGUGGUUUGUAUUUUCAGGCACGUCCAGCCAAACUGAAACUUCUCAAGCAUUGCUUCAAAUGGCUGUCUAUAUCGCAAACGCAUUUUACUUAACAUCGGAUUCCAUCGUUCCCGUGAUACGAGGCAAGGAUGCAGUUGAUGCGAACAUCCGUGACUAUAAUUUGAUUAUUGUCGGAGAAAUUUCAUUCACUGCUUCGUACCUUGAAAAAGUUCCACUUAACUUUGGAGAGGAUCAGUCUAUUAGUUUAGGUAAGGUUGAUUUGUUAAAAGUACAAACUUGAUAUUCAACACAUUGUUUCGUGCUAGGAAUAAGCGAUGACUCUUACUGGACCUCUAGGGAGAAUAGUUUAGAACUGAUAGAGCUAUCCAGUAUAAAUAAAGUUAGGUUAGUUUAGGUUUCCUCCUAUAGUAACACUGGAUCAAUGAGAGAUGAUCCAUACUGGACCUCUAGGGAGGACAGUUUAGAACUAAUAUAGCUAUCCAGUAUAAAUAAAGUUAGUUUAGGUUUCCUCCUGUAGCAACACCCAUCACGAAUAGAUUGAUUUUACUGGACAUCUCUAAGAGAUUGAUCUUACUGGUACAGAAUAUCCUGUGACUGAUAGAGCUAUACAGUAUAAAGAAAGUUAGUUUAGGUUUCCUCCUGUAGCAACACCCAUCACGAAUAGAUUGAUUUUACUGGACAUCUCUAAGAGAUUGAUCUUACUGGUACAGAAUAUCCUGUGACUGAUAGAGCUAUACAGUAUAAAGAAAGUUAGUUUAGGUUUCCUCCUGUAGCAACACCCAUCACGAAUAGAUUGAUUUUACUGGACAUCUCUAAGAGAUUGAUCUUACUGGUACAGAAUAUCCUGUGACUGAUAGAGCUAUACAGUAUAAAGAAAGUUAGUUUAGGUUUCCUCCUGUAGCAACACCCAUCACGAAUAGAUUGAUUUUACUGGACAUCUCUAAGAGAUUGAUCUUACUGGUACAGAAUAUCCUGUGACUGAUAGAGCUAUACAGUAUAAAGAAAGUUAGUUUAGGUUUCCUCCUGUAGCAACACCCAUCACGAAUAGAUUGAUUUUACUGGACAUCUCUAAGAGAUUGAUCUUACUGGUACAGAAUAUCCUGUGACUGAUAGAGCUAUACAGUAUAAAGAAAGUUAGUUUAGGUUUCCUCCUGUAGCAACACCCAUCACGAAUAGAUUGAUUUUACUGGACAUCUCUAAGAGAUUGAUCUUACUGGUACAGAAUAUCCUGUGACUGAUAGAGCUAUACAGUAUAAAGAAAGUUAGUUUAGGUUUCCUCCUGUAGCAACACCCAUCACGAAUAGAUUGAUCUUACUGGACAUUUCUAAGAGAUUGAUCUUACUGGUUAUGGAAUAUCCUGUGACUGAUAGAGCUAUCCAGUAUAAAGAAAGUUAGCUUAGUUUGAAAUAUGAUGUUUUCUUUUCAGGUAAUUGUGUAUUUCAAUCACCAAAUAUGGGUGUGCUCUCGCUAGUCCCUCACUCUGGAUCACGGCUAGCCUUGGUUAUUACAGGUACAUCAUUAUCCUCCAUACGUGACGUCAUAAAUUUAGCCACGCCCACUAUCCCACCCAUGGCCAGAUCACCUUUUUCCAACCUUGUGCCUGAUUACGUCAUAACUGGGCCCGACUUUAGGGCGCAAGGUCCGGGUGGCUACCUAUGUGCGGGUUUUUGGGGAAACCGCUGGGAAUACCGAGGCGAUAUUUCGUCUUGCGCCUGCUGAAAGAUUGCAGACCUACUGAUCCUGAAGAGCCAACUGGAUUGGCUAUAAUUUUCGUCUCCACUGAAAAAUCAAGUCUUGUUUUAAAAUCAGUAUGUGGACUAGAAAAUGUUAAUAGAAAUGGAAUAAUAAAAAUCUUUAAACAACAAUUUAGGAACGAAGUUGACUUUUUAGGAAUAUUUAUUAGGUGACUAUUUUAACAAUAUUAAAUACCCUUUAACAAUAGAUUUGUACAGUAAUAAAUACUAUUAGAAUAUAUAUUAUUUUAAAAUACUAUUAUAUUAGUGCGUGCAUUGCAAGUACAGAAUUUCGAUAAACAGUUUACAAGUGCUAAGACCCAUUCGUAACAAAAUCCAGUUACAUAUUUGUGAAAAAUACGUGCUAUAACAACUUAUGAUACUUUUUGUGCUUGUAUAACAAGAAUAAAUUAACUUAAAGUGAGUAUUCACGACAACCACGCAUAAUAUCAGACGUGUUUCGCUACUCUGGUUCAAGUAAAUGAAUGCAAUCCUCGAACAAACCAAUGUUUCGACAUUCCAGUCUAGUGUUUUCCGUAGAAGUGAUUUAAAGUCACAAUGUGGCUUAUUAUGUACUCGUAGAAUGUUAUCACCAUCUUCACCCUGUUAUAAGGCGAUGACAUCAUUCGUCGAGUAUAUAACCGCAUUGCGACUUUAAGUCACCCCUGAUGAAGAUAGUGUCGAAAUUUUGUUUGAGGAUUGCAUUAAACCAGAGUACCGAAACAUAUCCGAGUUACUUAUUCCCUCGAUGCAUACACCCUAAACUUUCCUAAUUUUAUACAUCAACCGUUCCUCUAACUCAUUCUUCUUAUCCAACUCACAAACCUCGUCAAAGUUCCCCAGGCAUUGUUCAUGAAUAAACAACAAAGGUAAUCUCCUUGUGCCAGCCAGACGGAAGAUCAAAUCCCGUUCGUCUUUUUGUAAUUCCACAUCAAUGCUGACCCAAAUAUCAUCCGAUGAAUUUCUUGUCAGACCAUAACGUUGAAGUAGUUUUUCAAGCUGUUCUGUUUCACGGAUCACGUCUGGAUCUAAAGAUGAGCUGGAACAGUAGACCUUUAUGUGACUAAAUUGAGUCGACUGCCGUUUACUUGGGUUAUCUUUAGCCUGGGACACCCUCGGUAACCCCGAAUCAUGGUCACUGACUGAUACCUCAAAUGGACUGCCAUUAAUUAGUUUGAGACCCCAUCGCACGUAGAUGUUAUAAGUCCCAGCUAAAGUAGGCAUGUAUGCUACAGUGUGUGUUGAGUAGUUCUUCGAACACGUGGUCCUCACGUGCGGAACUGGUAGGGAAACCGCUGGACAGUUUAUGCAGACACUCAAAGGUCCUUUAUCACGGUUAUCAGUGAUGACAGUAAAUACGGCUAGUUUGCCAACUGUGGCAUUUUUCAAUCCAUCGCCGUCGAAUCCAUAAAAACCAUCCUGAGUAAGUAAUUCUUCUGAUUCGUUUUUAUCUCCAUUGCUUAAAAAAUUCUCACUCGAUUUGUUCUUUCUAUUUUUAUUAUUAUUCAAGUCAGUUCCAUUUCCCUUCAUGUGCAGUUUUGGCAAAACUUGGACACAGUACGGACUGUCUGCAAUGUGUUCGUCUUUGUAGUACAUGCUCAGUCGAUAGUUGCCUGCAAGAUUGGGUGUAUACUUGACCCGAAAUCGACCUUUUCCCAUCGAGAACACCCUCAAAUCGGGCUUGUAAUCUUGUGUAAGUUUCCCAGCCGGCUUAAACUCGACCGAAACUGUGAUUUCAUUCGCGUUUACAUCAUGAAGGUCUAGUCUAUAUUCUAUUUCUUUGCCAACUUUUCCCAUCUCUGGUUUGUGAUUGAUAUUUUCUUUAGUAUUGUCCGAAUUGAGAUUAUUUUCUGUGUGAACGCCAUUUUCUUUGCUUCCAUUUUCGAUGCUUCCAUUCUCUAUGCUGUCGUUCUCAAUAUGACCGUUACUCAAAUGCGAGUUCUGAUUGGUAGAAUUCCUCUCGAGGUCGUGUUCAAAAAUAAGAGCUAUGUACGUCAUCACACUGAGCUCGUCAACUUCACUGCAUAUCAUAUCAUCCGGGGAUAUUAUCAUAGAUAUGCCCCAGUUUUUUUCGGCCGUUUCCAUAGCAACUUUAACAUUCUUCUGAGGCCAACUACCUUGAAGGUAUGCCCGCGCAGGAAUUAGGCCUGGUUCGAGCGAAUUGAUGAGCUCACAUAGCAACGUCCCAUCAUUCCAGUCGGUCGUGAAGUUUCUGACUUUCCGUCCAGCAAGUUUGCUGUUGAGCCACUUUAACAAGAUUUCCUUGGCGUUCAUUGGUGCGUUCUCAAUCUCCCAUAGUUCUUUGCCCGGGGAAAUAUGAAAGAACUCUAUAAGGUCCCAAAUGAACUGGAUGACAGUAUGCCGAUUCACAACUAGAAAAGAAAAGUUAUAAAACUUUAGUUUUUUCGUACUCUGCGGACGAAAACAGAGCAUUUUCCACAUUGUUUCCUGGUCAUGUUUCCCAAAGGUGGACAAACCAGGAAACAUUGUUUCCUAGCCAUGUUUCCAAAGGUGGGC